AUUAUUGGCGAAUACGGAACGGAACUUUGGAAUCAGAAGGAUCGUGCCGUGAACCAUUAGAAGUCUCCUAGUUCUCGAGACGGUAUUCGGCAGCAAAGUACAUCGAGUCUUUUAUUUAAGUAAUUAAACAAGACACAAUGGCGGAUAAUGAUGAUCUCUUGGAUUACGAAGAUGAAGAACAGACUGAACAAGUAGUUGAUGGGAGCGGAGAUGUUCCUGCAAAAAAAGAAGUCAAAGGCACAUAUGUCUCUAUUCACAGUAGUGGAUUCAGGGAUUUUCUCCUUAAACCAGAAAUUUUACGUGCUAUAGUUGAUUGCGGAUUUGAACAUCCAUCUGAAGUACAACACGAAUGUAUUCCUCAAGCUGUACUUGGCAUGGAUAUACUGUGUCAAGCAAAAUCUGGCAUGGGAAAAACUGCUGUAUUUGUACUAGCUACACUUCAGCAGUUAGAAUUAACAGAAAAUCAAGUCUAUGUCCUAGUAAUGUGUCAUACCCGGGAACUAGCCUUCCAAAUCAGUAAAGAAUAUGAGAGAUUUAGCAAAUACAUGCCACAUGUAAAAGUUGGUGUAUUCUUUGGUGGUUUACCUAUCCAAAAAGAUGAAGAAGUAUUGAAAACUGUAUGCCCCCAUAUUGUCGUUGGCACCCCUGGUCGUAUCCUCGCUCUUGUACGUAAUAAGAAGUUAAAUCUGAAGCAUCUCAAGCAUUUUAUACUUGAUGAAUGUGACAAGAUGCUUGAGUUAUUAGAUAUGCGCCGGGAUGUACAGGAAAUAUUUAGAAGCACACCACACAGCAAGCAAGUCAUGAUGUUCAGCGCCACGUUAUCUAAGGAGAUACGUCCUGUCUGCAAAAAGUUCAUGCAAGAUCCCAUGGAAGUCUAUGUCGAUGACGAGGCGAAGCUUACUUUGAAUGGUCUGCAACAACAUUAUGUUAAAUUGAAGGAAAACGAGAAGAACAAGAAGUUAUUUGAACUACUCGAUGUUCUUGAGUUUAAUCAGGUUGUCAUAUUUGUAAAGUCUGUACAAAGAUGUAUGGCUUUAGCGCAACUCUUAACAGAACAGAAUUUCCCUGCGAUUGGGAUUCAUCGAGGCAUGACGCAAGAAGAGCGGCUGUCCAGAUAUCAACAGUUCAAAGAUUUCCAGAAGCGUAUUUUGGUAGCGACAAACUUAUUCGGGCGAGGUAUGGACAUAGAACGUGUAAACAUUGUAUUCAAUUAUGAUAUGCCAGAGGAUUCUGAUACAUAUCUUCAUAGAGUAGCGCGCGCUGGUCGUUUUGGCACUAAGGGUCUUGCCAUUACAAUGGUAAGCGAUGAAAGCGAUGCCAAAAUAUUAAAUGAUGUUCAAGAAAGAUUUGACGUAAAUAUUACAGAAUUACCUGACGAAAUCGAUCUCGCUUCAUACAUUGAAGGACGAUGAAUAAACAUUCGUACCGUUUUAAUAAGAUUCUUUGGAGCACACUAUUUAAUAGCUUUUUAUUCGCAACACGAGAUAACUACAAAUAAACACAAGAGAAUCAUANAAA